AUGGCAAAAGGAAAGAACAAAUCUAGUGAAGAAAGAUCAUCUAAAUCACGUACAUCAAAUGGACAUAAAUCAAAACAACAUCAUAUUCGUAAAGGUAGACAAGAAACCGGUGCAUCAUCAUCAAGUUCCAAUUCAAAUAAUGCAUUUCCUACAAAAUUAGCAAUGUGGGAUUUUGAUCAUUGUGAUCCUAAAAGAUGUAGUGGUAAAAAACUUGAAAGAUUAGGAUUAAUUAAAAAUCUUCGAGUUGGACAAAAAUUCCAAGGUGUUGUAGUUUCACCAAAUGGUAAAUCAAUAGUUUGUCCAAAUGAUAAAGAAAUUGUUGAAACUAAUGGUGCAGCAGUUGUUGAAUGUUCAUGGGCAAGAUUAGAUGAAAUUCCAUUUAAUAAAAUUGGAGGUAAAAAUGAACGAUUAUUACCUUAUUUAGUUGCUGCUAAUCCUGUUAAUUAUGGACGUCCAUGGAGAUUAAAUUGUGUUGAAGCAUUAGCUGCAUGUUUUGCAAUUGUGGGUCAUUUAGAUUGGGCAGAAUUAUUAUUACUGAAUUUUUCAUGGGGGUUAACAUUUUUAAAAAUAAAUGAAGAGUUGAUUGAACUAUAUCAAAAAUGUACCGAUUCAGAAAGUAUAACUAAAGCCCAAGAAGAAUGGUUGGAAAAAAUUGAACAAGAAGCGAAAGAAAGAAAAGAUAAGGCUCAAAGUGGAGAUAUUUGGAUGAUGGGGAAUGUAAACAGAGCAGGCGAUGAUGAUGAGGACGAGGGUGUUCUAGAUUCAGAUGCAGAUAGCGAGGAGGAAGAAGAAGAAGAAGAAGUUGAAUAUGAUAACUUGGGAAACGUUAUAUCGAAAAAGAAAUAUGACGCUCUAGGUAAUGAAAUUGAAGAGAAAGAAGUAAAGUAUGAUUCAUUGGGCAAUAUAAUUGAAUCAGAAGAAGAGGAUGACGAUGACGAUGAAGAAGAAGAAGAAGAAGAAGUCCAGUACGAUAAAUUGGGAAAUAUCAUAGAGAAAGAUGACUUAACUAAAAAUAUGGAGUCUUUAACUGUGUAA